UGAUUGCAAUUCCAUGAAAGGAUUAAUAGUGCGCCUUUUUGCAUGUUAUAUAUACAAGACACGUUUUCUUUCCACAACCCCUCAAUUUAUACUAUAUCUUUCUCUCAAUUUUUCAAACCUAAAAUUAACAAAGCUAUAAUUUGUAGUACUACUUAUCAUACUCAUGAUGAAGCAAUUAAGCAUAUCAUGUUUUCUUGUAUUUCUCAUCAUCUUCCUCUUUGUCUUCCUUUCACCAGCAUCAUCUUCACGUUAUUUCUUAUCAACCAGAAGUGAAGUGAAAGAGUAUGUAAAGCAUGGGAAAGUCAACUUUCCGUUAUAUUCAGUUGACCACAUGGAAACCAACGAUAGCCUAAAUAAGCUUAUGGGGUUGGAAGAAUGUGUUGAAGAAGAUGGAGAAUGCAUGAAGAGAAGGGUAGUUGCAGAAGCUCAUCUUGAUUACAUCUACACUCAAGACCAUAAUCAUCCUUGAUAAUUAAUAUAUUUAAUCCUUUAAGCUAGCUAGUGUUGUCAAUAAAUUAAAAGGACUAGCUAGAUAAGCUUUAAAGACCUUUUAUUUUCCACAUUAAAUAAUCUUCCUACCUAAUUUUUCCUUUUUGGUGCCAUUUCUUUUUCUAAGUUCUAUGUUUGACAUACAAAUGUGGUUUUUAUUUGUUUCAUCCCAAAAAUCUAAACUUGUAACUUUUACUUGUUUAUGCUGGACUUUGCAUACUCUCUUAAGAAAGUAAGUACAUAUUUUAUCUUA